GAUCAUUUGAAGGAAAACACGUUUUUAUGGGGGUAUUUAUUUAUUAUGAAUUAAGCACAAUGAAAUUAUGUAAAACACACGAGACUGGCAAGUAGCGGAAGGAUGUCUGCUGAAAACUCAGAGAAAUUUGACCUGAAGACUUUGUUUCAUCAAUACAGGCGGGGAUCACACAAGGACUACGAUCUGUUUCUCAAUAUUUUGUCUGACCUGCAAACAAAGUCAGAAGAUCUACGAGUUUACUUGAGAACUAUCAAAGAUAAUGUCACAGAACUUUCCAGGGAAUUUGAGGAUUUGGUAGCGGUACUCUUGAAAUUGGACUGGGCCAGCAGAGAUGUUUGUGUGGUCAGGGAGUACCAGUCCUUACUCCUGGGCCUGGUCUGUGCCCACACCUACUACCUGAGAGCCAGUCUACGCAUGCUGGUCAAGUACUUCUCACCGCCUAUUGUCAAGAGCGAUACAGAAGAAGUGAGUGAUGAGAUCAGACAAAGACAGGAGGCCGUCUUUCUGAAUGUUCACAUGGUGCUGAAAGCCAUCUUGGAUUCUGUCCCAAUGUCAUCGACCAUCUUAAUGCCAUUGUUGCAUGAUUUAUUUCCGUACAUUGGGAAGCCUGUGUUUGUACAGGAGUGCUUUGUUAGGAACCUGCUACAAAUCACCAGCUAUCUUCCCAAUGGCAGGCAGAAAAUCCUAGAGCUAAUUACCGACAGAAUGCUGAAAUUGGACGUCCGUGCACCAAGACAGAACAUCCAGGAGAGCGAGGGUGAUGAAGAAGACAUGGAGGAGGACAUUGUGUUUGAUAUUGAUAUAGAGCAAGACUUGACAAGAGAUUUGGAUAACAGAGAUGGCAGUACAUAUGACAAGAAGUGCUCAGAUAAGCCCAUGACCCACAGGGAAGCUAACAUCCUGGACGUCUGCAUGCAGUUGACCUUGACCUACAUUUCAAAUGUCUGUUACUCAAAAGGUGAGUGUGACUGGGAGGCCACCAAGAAGCUGUACCGUGAGAUGCUGCUGGUGUUUGACCGACUCAUCCUCCCCACGCACGCCUCCUGUCAUGUCCAGUUCAUCCUGUUCUAUCUCUGUAGCACCAAAACUCCAAUCUGUGAGGGUUUUAUUGACUACCUGUGGAAGAAGGUCCAGAACCCUAACACAGAGAGCGUGUUCAGACAGGCCGCGGUGGGCUACAUCGGCAGUCUGUUGGCCCGGGCCAUGUUUGUACCCGUCAGCACUGUGACGGCGUGCCUGGACCUGAUGUGUCAGUGGGUACAUCUGUACUUGGACAGCACUAGUGAGGAUGUGGUUAACGCUGAUGUCAACCAUCACGGCCCGUUCUACUGUGUCUGUCAGGCCGUCUUCUACGUCUUUGUCUUCAGAAGCAAGGAAAUCUUUGAAACAAAGAAAGGCCACAAAUGGGCGGAGAGCCUGAACUUCCAGAGAAUUGUUACCAGUCGCUUGAACCCCUUGCGCAUAUGUCUACCUGUGAUUGUCAAAACUUUCUCCUCCAUCACAAGAAUGCAUCAGCUGGCUUUUUGUGACACGAUUAUUGAGCGUAACAAGCGCUGUAUUUUACCGGUGACCAGCAAUGGCUUGGGAUCAUCCUCUGUUGUCACCACUCUAGAUUCAUACUUUCCUUUUGAUCCUUACCUUUUAAAUAGGUCCGGUCGCUUUAUCAUUCCCUUGUAUCGAGAGUAUCAGGGUUGUAUUGAAGAAGACCAAGAGCUUUCAAAUGAUGAAGAUGAUUUUCUCCCUGAUGAAUCAUCUUCCACUGUGGAACCCCAGAGUGUGUCCCUCGGUAAAACACCAACAGACUUCCUACACUAUGGUAUUUCUCCAGGCUUCAAGCAUGUCCAAGACAUCACUUGAAUGUUUUACUAUAUGGACUCUGGUACCACUCUGUGCAAUGCUCUGUGUCAUAGAAUGACAUAGAUUUAACAGCUUUCUUGUUAGUGAGUUUCUGUUUGUCGAGUCAGCUGGUUUUAAGUGUUACUGUGUGUAACAUGUCUUUUUAGGGUUGUUGUAGAAUGUUUGACUGUACACCAACAUUGAAUUCAUGCAAAUUCACAUGGUUGAUACAUGUAUGUAUGUAAUGAAGCAGAGAUUUACAGCAUCUCUUUUCAAAAUAAUGUUGUAUUUGGAUACUUGAAAAAUAUAUUUUUUCUACAAUUCACUGGUCCUCAAGAUCAAAGAUGAGGGGCAAGUUGUUUCUGGUGUUUUACUUUUUUGUCAAACAUAAACUCAUUGUAACAUUUUACCAUAUUUAUACAACAAAAAUACUUCAUGAAGAGUGAUUUUGAAGGUCAAGGGCAAUAGUGAAAUUAGGUCACUGUGUAAGCUCACCCUCAAAUCCAUCUUAUUGUAUUAUAAAUAAUCACAUUUGUUUUAGUGAUGCCACAUUUAGUUUUUCGAACAGAUUACUUUUUAUUACCUUUGUGUAAUUGAACAGAAUUUGCUGUUUUUGUGUGAUAUUUAAUGUAUAUCAGGUAGUUAUUUGUAUGGACUAUUCAAGUUUCUUGAAAGCAUUCUAUUUAACUGCUGGUCAAUAGCUUGAAUAUUACAGAGAUUUCAGAAAACAAACAUUUUUAAAUUAAAAGUUAUAUCACAAAAAUGAAACUGUAAUAAAGAGAAGAAAUGCA